AUGUCAUUUGCGUGGAUGAUUUCAUGGAUGUGCCAGAUGAAAUUUGCACUUGCAGUGAUGCUACUUUUCAGCUGCAUCAACGUCGCAGCUGGGAGUGAAGAAGGAACCAGCAGCCAAGCCUUGAGCCUAGGUUUGAGCCCAAUGGUUUACAUGUGCGUUUUCAUCGGAGUGAUUUGCUUUGCAGUUUCCAGAGUUGCAAGGCAUUUUGAAGGCAGACCAGAUAGCGAUGAAAGUGAAACAUUUUUGCAAGAGCCAGACGCUGAAACAGAACCAAAUGAGGAGCAAACUUUCAAUGGUGUGAAAUUCCAUGUUUUCCUUGCUGCUUGCAAUGAGCGUUCUUUACAAUUGCAGCCCAGUGAGAACGAUGAGAUUGCAGAGCAGGCAGAAACAAUCUAUGAAGUGAUCAUGGAUUGCUUUUACAGCAGUGAGGAUGAUGGAGUGAAACAAUCCACCAUCGACAGUGCAAUGUUUGCAUACGAGCGUUUGCAAAACUUGGACCCAGCGUUUGCGGUGGACUUCAGUGCGUUGGAGAUUGAAAACUUCAACACUGGAAUCCUUGCAGAACCUGAUGUGGAAGACAUGCUUCCACCUGACAUGGAUGAUGAAUAUAUGAGGAUUGAGUUGCCAAACCCAUAUGAGCAAUACAGUCCAGAGGAUAUGGGUGUUUGGAUGAUCAGUCGCUUGAGCAAGCGCAUCAAGCAAUGCAUUGGAGCAGGUGACACCGAACGUUGUCGUCGCAAUGCAGAAAGACGGGCGAUCAUGGUGGGCGUCUUGAAAGUCUGCAGACGCGAUCCGAGUCAGCGUCACAGAGCAAUGUUCAUGAUGCAAACCAUGGACGACAUAUCGCCUGGACAAAGCGAAUCAGAAGCCUAUGGCGUUCUGGCGUCCCGGAACGUGGGCAGCCCCAAACGGGCGUUGCCGGUUUUCAAUCCAUCCGAUCGCUUGCCGGUGGGGCGUCUGAGGGUGGAGCAGCAGAGAAAGCGCUUACCCAUCUACAAGCAUCGCCUGCAGAUUCUCCAUGCGGUUGAAACGCAUCGUGCAGUGGUCUUAUGCGGUGCUACAGGUUGUGGCAAAUCCACUCAGCUGCCCCAGUAUUUAGACGAUGCCGGCUGGACGGCCAAAGGCUACGUGGUGUGCAUCACGUUGCCGCGGCGGCUGGCUGCGGUGACGGUGGCGCAGCGCGUGAGUCAGGAGAUGGGCGUGGAACUGGGCCGAGAGGUGGGCUACCGCAUUCGUCGCUUCGAAAGCUACGUGACCCCGGGCGUGACGCGCCUGGAGUUCGUGACCGAAGGCAUUCUGCUGCGGGAGAUGCUGUCAGAUCCGCUGCUCACGCGCUUCAGUGUCAUUGUUUUGGAUGAGGCCCAUGAACGGAGCGCCAACACGGACCUCUUACUGGGCUUGCUCAAGAAGAUCCUGCGGAAGCGCCCGCGGCUGCGCAUCGUGGUGGCCUCCGCCACCCUCGACGCCGGUGCCUUUCUGAACUUUUUGCACUACAAAGGGCGGCAUGGUGCAGCUCCGCCGCCCAAGCGUCCGCGGCUGCGCGGCUGGGACGACGAGAGCGGCGAGACGCUGCAGCGCAGGGCGGAGGAGUUGGACUGGCGCAGGCUCUGUGUGGAUUUGAGCAGCGGGGGACGGGGAGGUGUUCCCGAGAGGGAUUGCUGUCUGCUGGAAGUGGAAGGUAGAUUGCAUGCUGUGCAGGUGCAUUACUUAGACGAGCCUUCGGGUGACUACGUGGAAAGCGCUGUGAACGUGGUCAUGAACAUCCACCGCAAUCUGCCAGAGGGGGACAUCUUGGUCUUCCUCACUGGGCGAGAGGAGAUUGAGGCCACCUGCUCGCUGAUCAUUGAAAGACUCCAACAGGCGAAGGAGAUGGCCGACAGGCCGUCCUUGAAGCCAAAGCCGCUUCAAGUGGUACCGUUGCAUGGCACGCUGCCAAAGGAGCAGCAGCUGAAGGCCUUUGUGAUGCCGGCCAAGGGCAACCGCAAGGUGGUGGUUGCGACCAACAUCGCAGAAGCCAGUGUGACCAUUGAUGGCAUUGUCUACGUGGUGGAUAGCUGCCUUGUCAAGUUGGACGCCUUCUGCCCCUACAAUGGCGCCUCCUAUCUGAACAUCGCCGCCUGUUCGCGGAGCUCGGCCCGUCAACGUGCUGGCCGAGCGGGCCGCACGCGGAAGGGCCACUGCUUCAGGCUCCUGACCGAGGCGGCUUUCCACAAGGAGUUGCAAGAGCACACCUUGCCAGAAGUCCAACGUUCGGAUUUGAAGGAUCUGGUGCUCACUCUGAAGUGCUUGGGGGUGGAUGAUGUGGGCGCCUUCGAAUUUCCCACUCCACCUGCCAGGGAAACCCUGGAGUUAGCCUUGGAAGAGCUUUAUGCCUUGGGCGCCAUUGAUGCGGAGGCGCGCCUGGUGGAACCUUUGGGCCUGCGCAUGGCCCAUGGUCCCUUGCCUGCGCCCUUGAUGCGCCUGUUGCUGCUCUCGGUGGAGGCGCCAUACCAAUGUGCAGCGGAAGCUGCCAUUGCCUGUGCCAUGUUGACGAUGCAGCCACCAUGGCUUCCGAGCCAAAACAAGGAGCGAUUGCAGAACUGCAAGGAGUCCUUCGCCGUGUACGAAGGCGACUUGGUGUCUCUGCUCAACAUCUACCGCCAGUACGAGGUCUACAGAGAGCAAGAUACGGACUGGGCCAAGCGGCACUUGCUGAAUGCCAAACUCUUGGACCGCGCCAUGAAGGUGAAACAGCAGCUGGGGAUGUAUCUCAGCAAGUUCAGUUUGCCGGAAGAGAGCUGCGGGAGCGAGGUAGCUCGUUUGCAGCGCUUGGCCUGUGCCUCGCUGUUUCUGAAUGCUGCCAGGCGUUUGCCCAAUGGAAGCUAUCGGCUUUGUUCGGGGACCCAUGGGGACUUCUGGGAAUGGCGGCCUUUUUUUGCACGGUGA